UUUGCCGGGCGGAUUUUACUGGUAAUCACAGUCCUGAGGAUCGUGGCGCAGGAUAGACGUGUGGCAAGCGUCCUACGUGGAAAAGAUCGCCAGGCGACGAGAGCAGCAAUGGCGGACCCCGGGCGAGUGUUCCUCUGUUUUAUGGUGUUAUUGGCUGUGAUGUGCCGCGGGUGUGACUCUCAAGAGUCUCCGGACUCGCAGAAUAUUCAGAAUAUUUUGCAGGGCCUUCAGCAAACUCUCGGAGACGCUUCAAGAAUAGGAACGUCGGAUCCAGUGUUGGCCCAGAAUAUCACAAGUCAAUUGCAGUCGUUACUAGACGCCAUGCGACAAGUACAAGGGACGGAAGAAGAAGUUAGACAGUCGGCGGUGCAGAUUCUAAACCAUCCUCUCAUCCAACAAAUUCUGAUUUUCACGAGACUCGUCGAUUUCCAGAACUUCAAUGGGUCGUCGCUUCUGUUAACGAGCGCUGCCAGCGGCGUUGUGUCGUCCGUCCAGCUGAUGCUCAGGGCCGGCGCCUUCGUCAACCUGCGCGACGAGAACGGAUGGACUCCGCUCAUCUGGGCCGCGCGUAAUAACCACAGUGAAGUUGUCAAGGUCCUACUCGAGGCUGGAGCUGACCCGAACAUCGAGAACUGGAAUUUUGGUGACGACGCCUUAGGAUGGGCUGCCUAUAACGGACACCCCACUAUAGUGCAGGACCUCUUAAAUGCAGGAGCCGAUAUAGGACAUGUUGAUGCCGAUGGCGACACAGCGCUCCUGUUGGCUAUAAGAGGAAACCAUCUGGAAGUUACAAAAAUUCUUCUCGACAGCGGGGCAUUUAUAAACGCCCAGAAUAAGGAUGGCUGGAAUGCAGUGAUACAAGCAGCCUACAUCAACAACAUCGACUUACUACGACUAGCUAUCCAAGCAGGAGGAAGUUUGAAUACAAAAACGGCAAAAUACGGAGACACGGCGUUGAUGUGGGCCACUUCGCUCGGCCACCUAGAGAUCAUGAGGGAACUUUUGGCCGCUGGAGCCGAGGUCGACCUUGAGAAUAACGAUAGAUACACGUCCCUGUCAAUGUCCAUCACCCAGAAUCAACCGGAAGCAGCCAAGAUCCUACUGGCCUUUGGUGCAGACAUCAACCAGAGAGCAAAGGAUGGUGACUCUGUGCUGAUGGAAGCCGUGAACUUAGGUCGACAAGAGAUGGUGGAAGUCCUUUUGCAACAUUGUCCGGAUAUGAGUGUUGAGAACAUCAACCGGAAGACUGUCUUCACCCUAGCUCGCCAAAGAUUCAGUAUUGAAAUCAGGAAUAUGAUAGACGCUCACCAGGCAACCACAUGCCUUGCCGACGGUCGCUCUUACAUCCUGGGGAGCGUGAAAUAUGACAGCUGCCGCCAACAACAGUGCUGUAACAGUGUCUGGAGGUAUACUGGCCUGGCCCUCGAUUCCUGUGGUUCUCAGUGCAACACGCCAGGUACUCGCUUAGGCGCCUGUGUGUUAGUGAACGAGUGCGUGAGGCUGGAGCAGGUAUUUCAAGUGACCAAUGCAGCGGGGGAUGUGGGCAGGACCACCAAGUUCCUCGUCGACCAUCGGUGUGAUACCAGGGAUGGAAAUAUUCACGUUUGCUGCCCGACAUUAUAAGGAUAAAAUGCAUUAAAAAAAUCACAACGAAACGUGAAAAAGAAUCGCAUUGGUGAUUAUGUUUUAAAAAAGUGUUUGUUAUCAUCACUGUUGCAAAAUUUCUUGCAUAAACAAUCUUACCAACUUAAUGUAGUAUAAAACAACUUAGUUUAUUUCCUUAUUAUUAUCACUAUUAAUGUUCAUGUGUAGUCAUACAGUAAUGGAUAUAUCAGUAGUGGUCAGUAGUUAUAACUACAUUCAACAUAACCUCAAGAAGAACAAUUGCAGUAGUAUAGCAAUAAAGUGCACAUCAAUACUGAUAACAAAAGCAAUAAUCUCAAUACUUAUGCAUCUUUCCAUUGUGAAUCAAUCUUAAGUUUCAAUAGUGUAAAACUGACGCCCCAAAUUAAAAUAAUAAUCAAUA